CCCCCCCCCCCGCCCCCCGCCCCCCUCCCCGGGUGAAAACUGCGGGCGCCGGGCGGGGCGCGGCAGCUGUAGGCUGAGCAGGCGGGAGCUGAAGGGAGCGGGUUGCAACGGCGCAGACCAGAGCCCAGGUCCUGGACUGAGGUCUUGGCACCAUGAACCCCACCGUUGGUAUCGUUGUCCUGCUGGCAGUCUUGCAGGUGGUGUGCGGGCAGACGGUGACUAGCCUGACGGCCUGCAUGGUGAACCAGAGCCUCCGACUGGACUGCCGCCACGAUAAUGUCACCCACUUGCCCAUCCAGUAUGAGUUCAGCCUGACCCGGGAGACAAAGAAGCAUGUUCUCUUUGGCACUAUGGGGGUGCCCGAGCACUCCUACCGAUCCCGGACCAAGUUCACCAACAAGCACAACAUCAAAGUCCUCUACUUAGCCGGCUUUACCACCAAGGAUGAGGGUGUCUACACGUGUGAGCUCCGCCUUUCUGGUCAGCCACCCAUCACCUCCAGCAAGAAUGUCUCUGUGCUCAGAGACAAACUGGUCAAGUGUAAAGGCAUCAGCCUGUGGACCCAGAACACCUGGUGGCUGCUGCUGCUGCUGCUCUCCCUGCCCCUCCUGCAGGCCACGGAUUUCCUCUCUCUGUGACUAGUUGGGCGCUUAGAGGAGACCAGAAGCCACUUGUCCCAGUCCAGAGAACCCUUCUCUGAGUCAGCUGACCCCUUCCCCCAGACCCCUUGCACACCUUGGGGAGACAUGGGGACCUCACCCCUUGUAAGGAGCCCCAGAACUGCAUGCCAUUAUCAACCCACUCCGCCAGUGCUAACCCCACCCCCACUUCCACUCACGCCCUCUCCGCACGCCACUGGCUGUCAUUUUGUAUUCUCUGUUCCAGAGCUGUUUUCUGUCUGGUUUAUUUAGGAUUUACCUGUCCCUUUUCUUUAGGAAUUUGUGAAAAGGUAAGCCAGGGCUGGGAACCUGAUGGAACAUGGGUAGUAGGAUAAAGGGGUGCCAGUCCCAAGGUCUCAUCCUUGCCCACCAGGACUGCUGGUCUAGAGAGACCUGCAGGGGGGUGUGGGCCUCGCACAUCCCUUGGCAGAAAAGGAUGGCACUGAAGACCCCAGAUGUGAAGGCCUGCCAAGCCUCUGGGGCCAGCAUGUGAGGAGAGAGCCACAUGUCCUCAGGAGUGUUGUCAGCCAAACAACUGUCCAUCACCACUGCAAGAGUCCCUUGGGGACCUCAGGCCAGGCGCAGAGUCCAGUGAGAAUGUAGUCUACCAUUAGCAGUGAAAACAAAGGGAGGGUCUCUCACCUCUCCACACCUGAAGAAGCUAAAAAUUGGGGCUCUCUGUCCCUUACUGGCUCAGCAGGCCACUGAGAGGGUGGCAGAGGACAACUCCCUUCCCAGAGCUGUGCGUAGCUCCCAAGAGCCUCCACAACUCUGACUGCAGUGGGGUCAAGAGGGGGUUUGCAGGGUUUGUCCAAGUGUUUCUCUGGGAGGUCCUCCCUUCAGUGCCCAGAGAGCCCUUUGCCCCCAUGGAUCUGUUUUCUCAGGGACCUUUGGGGUGGGGGGGGAGGGGAGCUGAGGCAGACCAGGGGGUGAGGCCCAUAAGCAGGAUGCACCUCUGGAAUAGCUUUCCCCAACACCCGGCACCCCCGCUCGCAGCUCGGCCCCGUCCUGUGACUGCGUGUAGUGCCACCACAGCUUAGGGCAUCUCAUAGAGGACAAAGAGCACUGCACAAUAAAACCAUGCCUCUGGAAUCUGUCCUCCUGUCUGUCUCUGCUCUGCUCUUCUGUCUUCAGGUCUGCCUCCCUUAGCUGCGUGUCCAGGAGGUUCCACUUGUCGCCUCUCCCUCUGCCCCGCCCCUCAGGUGGAAUUUUUCAGAAUGACUCCAAAUGACAUGUUUGUCCAAAUAAAUGAGUGUUCCUAUC